ACCAUAUAUAACAAAUGAAUUCACUGGAAAGUUGAUAUUUUGUUUUGUUCUCAAACUAACUAAAGUAAAUUUAGCUUCGUGUUUGUUUUUCUUUCUUGAAGUGAAAAAACAUAUAUCAUCUUUGAACAUUAUAUUAAUAUUGAUCCUAUAAAACUGAUCAAACUAGAUAGUUUUCAUCAGACAUUGAUCAAUCUCCCCGUUCUAAACUAUAAUAGCUAAUGGCUCGUUCAUCCUACGAGAUGUUCCUAGCUCCAUCCUCCCCUCGCCUGCCAUUGUCAACUGAUUUUGUUAGAGAGCUUUUGGAAAAGAAAAUCCUAGAAGGCCCAAUAAUCCUACAUACAAAAGGAGGGCAUUCAUGGAGAUUGGAGAUCAAACAAAUUAAUGAUACUUACUAUUUCACCAAUGGAUGGAACAAUGUGGUUGAGGAUAUGCAAUUGCGUUUCGGGGAUUAUCUUUACUUUCGGCCCCUUGAUCAAUCCACCAUCAAAAUGUCGAUCUUUCGUCCAAAAGAGUGUAACAGAUUUUUGGCUCCAAAAGUAAAACAUAAAGAUGAUGAUGAUCCAUUCUUUACAUCCAUUAUCACUAAAACCCACACAAAAAUGUUGCGGUUUCCGGGUGGAUUCGCAGAGUUGGCUGGAAUAAAUGCUCAAGGAACCAUGACGUUGAAGAAUCUUGAUGGAAAAGAAUGGCUUGUGGGUUUGAGGUUGGACAAGGCGUUUAGAACGAAAAGGUACCUUUUGUCGUUCGGGUGGGGUCGUUUCAGGCAACAAAAUAACUUAUCGGAAGGAGAUGAAUGUGUAUUCAGGUUCAUAAAAAGUGAAGGCAAGUUAUUAUUGGCAAAAGUCACAAAGAUGAAGCCAUGUUAUGGUGUAACACCCCGCCCCGAUUAGGGCUGACGUGUUACACAAUUCGGUAAUCAGAGACAAUUAAUAACUUAAUUAAAACAUAAAUUCCAUAGGUUUAAAAACAAAAAUCCCCAAAAUGGCAUAACGGUCUCGACAGAAAAACAUAAGUGUCUAAAUUUAUUGAAUAUAAGGUUUUAUUAAACUCCUUGUUCCAACUCUAGCUUUUUAUUAUCACUCUUCACACAUUUCCCUGAUUUCCCUGAGUACCUGUUUAAGACAUAAUAAAAAGAAACAACAAAAAGAAACGGUUGAGCCAAAAAUUGCCCAGUAACGGAGAAACAAUAGCACCAACACAUAAAUGAAAGAAGAAGUACACUAAACACUUUAACAAUGCCAACAAUACAAUAUGCGGAAUGAUCACUGAUGAAUACCAUAAAGGUAUGUUAGAAAUACCCAUGUGAGCCACUAACAAUAAACACUAACACUUUGUACAUUAGC